GAACCGGCUGCGGGCUCCGGCUAAGCGAGGCGCCACGCAGUGCUGAGCUUGCCGCCCGCCCCGGAGCCAUGGAGAUCGGCACCGAGAUCAGCCGCAAGAUCCGGAGUGCCAUUAAGGGGAAAUUGCAAGAAUUAGGAGCUUAUGUUGAUGAAGAGCUUCCUGAUUACAUUAUGGUGAUGGUGGCCAACAAGAAAAGUCAGGACCAAAUGACAGAGGACCUGUCCCUGUUUCUAGGGAACAACACAGUUCGAUUCACCGUAUGGCUUCAUGGUGUAUUAGAUAAACUUCGCUCUGUUACAACUGAUCCCUCUAGUCUAAAGUCUUCUGAUACCAACAUAUUUGAUGGUAACGUGACUUCAAACAAGAGCAGUUUCAGUAGGGGAGAUGAGAGGAGGCACGAAGCUGCUGUGCCACCCCUUGCAGUUUCCAGCAGCAGACCUGAGAAAAGAGAUUCCAGAGUGUCUUCAAGUUCACAGGAGCAGAAAACCACUAAUGUCAGACAGAGUUAUGAUGAUGGAGCUGCAACCCGACUGAUGUCCACAGUGAAGCCUCUGCGGGAGCCAGCACCCUCUGAAGAUGUGAUUGACAUUAAGCCAGAACCAGACGAUCUCAUUGAUGAAGACCUCAAUUUUGUGCAGGAAAAUCCCUUAUCUCAGAAAAAACCUACAGUGACACUUACAUAUGGUUCUUCUCGCCCUUCUAUUGAAAUUUAUCGACCACCUGCAAGUAGAACUGCAGAUAGUGGUGUUCAUUUAAACAGGUUACAAUUUCAACAGCAGCAAAACAGUGUCCAUGCUGCCAAACAACUGGAUAUACAGAACAGCCGGGUAUAUGAAACAGGACGUUUGUGUGAACCAGAAGUGCUUAAUAGCUUAGAAGAGACUUACAGUCCCUUCUUCAGAAACAACUCAGAAAAAAUGAGUAUUGAGGAAGAAAACUUUCGGAAGAGAAAGUUGCCUGUGGUAAGUUCAGUUGUUAAAGUAAAAAAAUUCAGUCACGAUGGUGAAGAGGAAGAGGAAGAUGAUGAUUGUGGGUCCCGUACAGGAAGCAUCUCCAGCAGUGUGUCUGUGCCAGCAAAGCCUGAGAGGAGACCCUCACUUCCUCCUUCUAAACAAGCUAACAAGAAUCUGAUUUUGAAGGCUAUAUCUGAAGCUCAAGAAUCUGUAACAAAAACAACGAACUAUUCUACAGUCUCACAGAAACAGACACUUCCAGUUGCUCCUAGAACUCGAACUUCUCAAGAAGAAUUGCUGGCAGAAAUGAUCCAGGGGCAAAGCAGGACCUCUAGAAUAAGUCCCCCCAUUAAAGAAGAGGAAACAAAAGGAGAUAAUACAGAAAAAAGUCAAGGAACUCCGCAGAGGCAGUUAUUGUCCCGGCUGCAGAUUGACCCAGUAAUGGCAGAAACUCUGCAGAUCAGUCCAGAUUACUAUGACAUGGAAUCCCUGGUCUAUGCAGACACGAGAUCAUUUAUUCUGAAGAAGCCAAAGCUGUCUGAGGAAGUAGUAGUGGCAUCAAACCAAGAGUCGGGGAUGAAGACUGCAGAUACCCUUCGGGUACUUUCAGGACACCUUAUGCAGACACGAGAUCUUGUACAACCAGAUAAACCUGCAAGUCCCAAGUUUAUAGUGACGCUGGAUGGUGUUCCCAGCCCCCCAGGAUACAUGUCAGAUCAAGAGGAGGACAUGUGCCUUGAAGGAAUGAAACCUGUAAACCAAACUGCAGCCUCAAACCAGGGACUCAGAGGUCUCCACCCACAGCAGUUGCAGUUGAUGAGCAGGCAGCUUGAUGACCCAGAUGGUAGCUUUUCACACGCUGAGAUCAGUGAACUGAGUGUGGCACAGAAACCAGAAAAACUUCUGGAGCGUUGCAAGUACUGGCCCGCCUGCAAGAACGGGGACGACUGUGCGUACCAUCACCCCGUGUCACCUUGCAAAGCUUUCCCCAAUUGUAAAUUCGCUGAAAAAUGUUUGUUUGUCCAUCCAAAUUGUAAAUAUGAUGCAAAAUGUACUAAGCCAGAUUGUCCCUUCACUCAUAUGAGUAGAAGAAUUCCAAUACUGUCUCCAAAACCAGUUCUAACACCAACAGCAUCUUCUAGUAGUCAGCUCUGCCGUUACUUCCCUGCUUGUAAGAAAAUGGAAUGUCCCUUCUAUCAUCCAAAACACUGUAGGUUUAAUACUCAGUGUACAAGACCUGACUGCACGUUUUAUCAUCCCACCAUCACGGUGCCUCCACGACAUGCCUUGAAAUGGAUUCGGCCUCAAACCAGUGAAUAACACCCAGACCUACCUGGCAGAAGAUCAUGAAGUUUGAAAAUUUCCUUCUACUGAUGAAAGAGAUUCUGUGAACUUGUCAGACCUUUGAAACUUGGAAUAUAUUGCUUUCAUAAUAUGAAGUUUAUUGCCUAUCUGAAGUAUCUAAUUUUUCAAGUUUGUAAGUUUAAUAAGUGGGUGUUUUUGUUGUUGUUUGCCUUGUUUUGACUCUGGAAAGACAGUUUAAGGAAAAACUGAAUUCUAUUAAAACAGUUGGCGUGUUAGUACACUGCUGUUUCAAGUGUCAGCAUGUACAACAUGGUGAUCGUGUCAGUACUGAUGAUCCAGUUUGGGGCUACACGUUGCUGUGUGUGUCUGUCCGUGCGUGCGUGUGUACCGAUACAGUGAGGAGCAUCCUUAUUCCAAAAGUUGGAUUGCUACUUUCACUUUUUCCGGGGUUCCUAAUCCACUAAAAAUAAUAGUGGCCAAAAGUGCUGAGGCGGCUUAAAAUUGUCCAUCCUACUUUUAAAUUUUAUUUUUAAGUUUAAAAGGCAGGAUGAUACCGGCUUCUCUGGUUCCCAAGCAGCUGUCCUUUGCCUUCCGGGUGAGGAUGAGUGAGGUGUCGGGUGAAAACAGCUUGAAUGGCGAAAAAAAGAACAAUUCCUUAAAAUGUUUUCAUUUACUGUUAACAUAUGCUUUUAAAAUAAAUAUUUUGGGGAGCUACAUUAUCACAAAAUUAUACAAAUUUUUUUACAAGUAUAUAUAUGCAUAGGUAUCAGAAAACAGACUUGAAACUCACAAGAUUAUAGCUAUACAUAUACAUUCUCCCAGACUGAAAAACAUUCUCAAAUUACUCCACAGAAAAGUUACUGAAGAUAAUUUUUUAAAUGUAAAAAUUAGAUUUCAGUGGUGUAUUUUAAAUGACAGACCAUAUAAUUAAUUACAGAGCUCAGAUGGGUAAAUUGCAAAGUAGGACUAAACUUUCAGACUACUGAAUUAAAAAACAGAGUUGUGUGUGUGUGGUUUUUAACAUUGUUAAGGCAAAAAGUGUCAAAUACUUUAGAAUUAAAUGGAUCACUGAUUUUAAA